UGCCUUCUGGAGCUUUACAAACAAAGCGCGCGCUCACGGGAGUUGUAGUCCAAAACAAACCCUUUCUGGGAUUCCUCCAGUGGGCAUUCACCCCAAUCGCGGUGAUUUCAACGCCUCACACGGACCGUCGUUUACAAAAAACACUCGCUGCGGUGAACUAUUUUCGAUUAAUGUAUCUGUAAGUGUCGACAUUAAGCCUCGUCAGACCGCGAAAGACACAUCGAUCCGAGACCCUGAGCUUUGCAGCAUACAAAUCCCACCGGCGAUGCUCUCCAUUGAUUGGCUGCGUCCUUCUGUCAAUCACGUCAUGUUCCUUCCACUACCGCUCCUACAGUAAAUAUUUGUGUUUGCUCAACCGGCUGUAAUGGUGGACGACUGAGGCAGAGGAACGGAAUUCAACUAGAGUGAAGAAAUAAGAGGAACAACGGUCGAAAGUCUGCUUCAGAGCCAGCCGCCGCGAGUAGGACACGGGCUUUCGUCGAAAAUGGAUGAACUCAAACAUCAAGUCAUGAUUAACCAGUUCGUCCUGACGGCGGGUUGUGCGGCAGACCAGGCGAAGCAGCUUUUGCAAGCGGCACAUUGGCAGUUCGAGACUGCCCUCAGUGCCUUUUUUCAAGAAACAAAUAUUCCAUAUGGCCAUCAUCAUCAAAUGAUGUGCACCCCAGCCAACACACCAGCGACGCCCCCCAACUUCCCGGACGCAUUGACCAUGUUCUCACGGCUGAAGGCGUCCGAGAGCUUCAACAGCGGCAGCGGUGGCAGCCCCAUGGCCGCCUCCAUGGCCACCUCACCCCCGCCCCCCCAGGUCGGCGGCUGGGGGGUCUCACCAAACGUACCUAAUGUGCCGCAACCUCCACAGGGACUCUGGACUCAGGGGCAGCCCCCCACGCAGCCCUGCCCUGCCUGGCCUACGGGCGUAAACCCGCACGCAGGCGCUGAGCAGAAGGCUAGUGUAGCGAUGGAGGCUGAGAGAUGAAGGGCCGCACGGGACUGAAAAGCCCCCCUUCCACCCCGGGGGAGGGAAGGAAAUAGGGUAUGAAAGUGGGGAGGGUGGGAAGGGUGGGAGAUGAUAAGUGGGUAAAAAUGGGUUUUGGUCUUUUUUCCCUAAAAGACGGAUGGAUAUGGAACGAGAUGGAAACUACGCAAACCAAGAAAAACUCAACGUGGACAAUUUAAGAAGAGGAGAAACCAAUGCAAACGUCAACGACAAAAAUAGAAAAAACAAAACAACGAAAAAAAAAAGAUACGCACACACAUAGUAAUAAGAGAGCAACUGAAAUCUUUGUUAGUUUUUUCCUAAGUAAAUGCAUAGAUAAGAGAAAUAUUAUUGAACUAAAAAAAACAGAAAUUUAAAAAAAAUUGUCACGCCCAAGGAUUCUAUGUGAUGUUCAAGGACAUUCAAGGCAGCAAACUUAAUUUUCUGUUUUUUGUUUAGUUUUUUUUUUUUUUUUUUUUUUUUUUUUUUUUUUUUUCAUCUUUUCAGCCAGUGUUUUUGUGUCACUGGCGUUCUGUGUUUCUGCGACUGUCUGUGCUGCAUGAGGAGAGAGGAACUUGCAAUGCAGUGUUUUAGAUUGACUCAAAAAUCAUCACGCACUUGAGUGUGAGUGUGUACGCAUGUGAGCGGGUGGUCAAGUUUGUAAUCAAAAAUGUAUACACACACACACACACACACACACACACACACACACAUACACAUACAUACAUACAUACAUAUAUAUAUUCUCACACAUACACACACACACACACACACACACACACACACACACACACACACUAGGGUCUAGAAGAAACACCUCCAUACUGUCAUCCCCAUCGUCAAAGGUGGGACUUUUCUUACCUCACCUGGUGGUCACCUGACUUCUUUCAGCCAAUCAGGGAUUCUUCUUAAACCAACCAUUGCCGCCGCCGACACAGGACAUGUUUUUAAAGGUUUUUUCUUAAAGGCAGCAGCCACUCUGGUUGAUGCUACCUGAUCCUCGCUGCGAUGGCUUUUUCCUGACACAGUUUUAAACCUGGACUCAGACUACAACUGUCCACUGUAUACUUUUUUCUCUGGAGAUUUGGGUUAUUACAAGGAAAAUGAGAAAUCAUGGUUUAAUGUAAUAUCGUUUAUAAUGCUAAUUGUUCUGUUUUUGUUGAGAGGUUAAGGGAAGUGGCUUUGAACUUGGGUGGGACUUAAGCUUGAUUUCUUUUUUCUUUUCUUUUCUUUUGGAAAGAGUGAAUCAAACGCAGCUAAAACAGCUACAGAUUUAAAAAAACAAAACAAAAACAACAAAAAAAAAACAAAACACGACUACUCCAUCUUUGUAAACAGAAUUGCCACUUUGCAUGAUGUGUUCAUAACGUGUAACAUCUUUUGUAGCAAACAUACAUGAGGUCGAGACAUGUUUAUGGGAGGGGGGGUGGAGUUAAAGCUGAGGGUGGGGUGGUGGGUGUUAUUCCCAAAGUGAAAAAGAAAUGCAAUAGUGCAAAGUGUCUCGCUAGAUAUGAGAAACAAAAGAGGAGAAAGUGGGUGUGGGGCAGCUUGGGAAGCCCACCACAGACUAUUUGGGGACACUACAGACUACUUUCAGAUACACAGUAUAUAUAUAUACCCUCAGAUACUGUACUAAAGAGGGGUUUUUACAACAUUUAGGUCUCUAGUUUUGACCAGUCCCUGGUCCACUUCCACUGCUGAGGGACAGUUCAGGGAUGACCCUGAUAUACGGCAAUAUUUUAAAUGCAGGGUCUGCCCCUUUUUUAGUUUGUCCUGUUCGGAUUAUUUUUACAUUCGAUAAAAGAAGAGAGAGUAAGAAGAGAUAUUUUGAAUAGCUGAGGGUCUUUUUUUAAAAAAGAGGAUUAGGAAAAAAAUUAUGGAUAUAAUAAUGAAUAAAUAACCAAGUUCCUUUUUAUUAUUUUAGACUAAACUAAUGUUUGAGUUCAUCCUUUUUCCAUGCUUCAUACUUUAUUUGGUUAAAUCAGAGCGUUUCCGGGUGGGCCUGUUCCUAAAUGGUUUCUCAUGUAUGUUUCCCCCCUUGUAUGACUGUAUGAGACCAUUCCCACAAUAUUUGUGGACUACCUGAUAAUUAACUUAUCAUUUUUGUGAACCUAAAUAAAUAUUGUAUGUCAACCUAA